AGCCAAAACUUUACAUCUCUUUCAUUCUCAAAAAAACCUUAUGAAGUGGAAAUUUUCUCCAUUUUACCAUGAAGGAAAUGAAGAAUAUGCUGAUGGCCACUGAGCAGAUAAGAGCUUCCUCUCUCAGCUCUCAUUCCUGCAGAGAAUGAGUUUGAGCCACAUGGAGAAUAUGCCUGUAGGCCACUCAAGUCCUCAAGGAGCACAGAGACCGUCCUGGAAGCAGUGGCUCCUCUACUCGACAGUCAUUGUUUUGCUAUUACUUUGCUCCUUCAGUGCACUAAUCUUUACUUUUCUUCCACUCAAGACUGCCCAGGGACCCUGUGUAGCGAAGUUUGGACCAUUACCUUCAAAAUGGCAAAUGCCCUCUCCUGAGCCUUCUUGUGUGAAUAAGACAGCUGACUGGAGGCUGAAGAUACUUCAGAAUGGUUUAUAUUUAAUUUAUGGCCAAGUGGCUCCCAAUACAGCCUACAAGGGACGAGCUCCUUUUGAGGUGCAGCUGCGUAAGAAUGAAGACCCCAUACAAGCUCUAACCAACAACUCUACGAUCCAGAAUGUAGGAGGGGCUUACGAAUUCCAUGCUGGAGAUGUAAUAGACUUGAUAUUCAAUGCUGAGCAUCAGAUUCUGAAAAAUAAGACAUACUGGGGGAUCUUUCUACUUGCAAAUUCCCAAUUCAUCUCCUAGAGACUUGAUUCAGUCUCCUCGUCUUCUUCAGCACUUGGAGAGACAUCAGUGCAUAGGCUGGACAAGGAAGAUUUUCAGUCUCUACAGUUCAUCUGAGUAUACAAAUCAACAGAAACAGAAUUCCUUGCAUGUGAAUUUUCUUUUCUCAUGCCUAUCUGAAUGAGACUCAGAAGAAGGACAAAAGACAUUUGGUAACCCUAGAUGUCAGAUCAGCAAAGACAGUUUUAUUAGUUCAUGAAAUUGAAUAUGGGUGGCUAGAGGACAGAAUCUUCUCCAAGUGUCUUUGUCUAACCCUUGAAUCUCUGGGUAGAAAAAUGAAGUCUUGUCUUGUGUGCGGAAAAGAUCCAGGGCAGUAACCUUCCCUUGUUCUCAUAUUCUUGGACUGUGGAUUGCUUAACUUCAUUCUUCCCAUAUUCCUAUCUUCUGAGACCCUCCUAAUAAAAAGUAGUCCGACUUGGAGGGUGGCCACUGCUAUGCCAGCAAUACCCCACUUUACAUCUGAUGGCAUGAGGGGACAGAGACACCUCUGGAGAACUAUUGGGACAGAGACACAGGUGGCAUUAGAAUGGGAUGCACUUUAUUCGGGAAUUUUUCUUAAUUUAAUCACACUCAGGAUGCUUGGUGCUUUAUAAAAACAGCUGGUCAAAAGGGUCAUUCUGAACCUUUACAUAGGGCUUCAUGAGAACUUGUUUUUCUAUGUGCCUAAACAUGGCCGAUGGUAGAAAGAGUAAUCAUUACUAAUCAUAAGAUUUAACCAUAGAAAUUGAUAUUACCAGUACUGUAUUUUUUCAUGUCAUGAUUCUGUAUUUUUAGCUGGCUAGGCAGUUUGCAAAGUACUUUCAUAUAUCACAUGGCAACUCUAGAAAGUUAAUGGGGCAGAUAUUUUGGCACAAUUUUAACAUUGAGAAUAUGGAGGCAGGUGGACCAUAGGUAACUUGCUUCACCCCACAGAACGAAUGAUUAACAAGGGGCCUUGGGCUUCCCACUGUAUCACACUAUUUUAGCUUUAGUGUUGGUGUUUCUGCUCUCAUGUUGGAUGUCUAUAAAGUUUAGCAGAUUAGAUCUUCAAGGGGUAUAUAUUCCCUUGGCAGAUAGAGGAAAGCUACACCAGUGCCUUCCUUUUUCAAACACUUCUUUUCCUUUCCUUACCUGGAAUCAGGAGCAUGGGCUGUUGUUCAGGACUGACUUCAACCAAACUCCCUUUCUCACUUUGUAAAUCCUGUCUUGGUCAAAUGUAUUAAGUUCCAAAAAUAAUGAAUAGCAUUCAACUCAAUGAUGGUCUGCUAAAGUUUUGGACUCUACAAAAUUAACUAGCUGCUUACGGGUUCUUGUUGAAAGGUAUGUAAUAUGAUUACAUGAUAAUCCAGUUUAAGAUAUUUAUGGAUAUUUGUAAAAAGCUACAGUAUGUUAAUAAUAUCACCAUAUAAAGCUAAUUUAAAAAUAUUUGUAUUGUCUGCUUAGGAGCAAACUAAGCCUGAGGCCAAGGUGCUUCUUAGUAUUUUUCUUUUUUAAUGAAAUCUGUUGGGUACUUGUUGGCCCAAAGACUUGGAUGCCUGGUUCCUCUUGCAUCUGUAUAUUUUCUCAGGAAAUUAAAGUUAUAUGACAUAUAUUUAUGGAAACUUGCUGGUGUUAAUCAUUGUUGAGUUAUAAGCAGUAGUGUGCUGGAGAGGGCCAGCACUAGCUCAUAAGAAAGUGAAGUUGCUCAGUCAUGUCCAACUCUUUGUGACCCUAUGGACUGUAGCCCACCAGGCUCCUCUGUCCAUGGGAUUUUCCAGGCAAGAAUGCUGGAGUGGGCUGCCAUUUCCUUCUCCCGGGGAUCCUCCUGAUCCAGGGAUCUGACUCAGAUGUCUCACAUUGCAGGCAGACUCUUUACCAUCUGAGCCAGUAGGGAAUCCCUGUUCUUAAGAACUGAUUGGUAUAUUUUCAAAACUUGCACAUUCUGGCUAUGAAAUAUAGUCAUCCUUGAAAUUGGCUAUGGUGGGACUAUUUAUACCAUGGGAAUUGGCAAUCAGGGCUUUUCUUUUUGGAAAGUCUAUUCACCAGCACACCAUUGCUUAUAAAACUCUCCUUCUCAAUAAAGCCUCUCAGUUCCUGACUUAUUCUUGGAACAAUCAGGGUAGGCAAGGGAGAAAGUGAAAUUGUCAUACUGCUUAGCAAGAGCCCCACCCAUUAGUUAUUUCUCAGGGCAAGCAGAGGUCUCCACAGUUGCAACCAAAAGCUGCCAACAGAUGACCUUUAAAUUUCCCUAGUGUUGUAAUUUCAGGCUUGCUUUUCAAUGUAUACUCUGUUUCCUUGUUUCUUCAAAUAGUUGUUUAAAUUUUAUACCGAUAAUAAAGUAUAUGUUGGUAA